AUGGAUGAACAAUUUUUACAAGAACCUACACUUAGUUUUCUUGAAUCAUAUCAAAAUCAUUUACGUUUAUCAUUAGCAUCGGAUAUAUUUAUAUUAUCAUUAUCGAAAUUAAAAUUAAACUCUAUUAGUGAUAUUGUACAAUUUCAAUAUAUACAAAUAUGUGAUUUAAGUUCAAAUUUUAUUGAAAAAAUUGAUGAUCUUCUUAUGAAUUGUCGACAAUUAAUUAAACUUGAUUUACAUUCAAAUCGAAUUAAUAAAUUACCUAAUGAAGAAUUAUGGAAAGAAAUGUUACAAUUAAAAAUUCUUUAUUUACAUGAUAACCUUCUAUCCUCCUAUGAUGAUAUUAAAUCACUUUCGAAUACACCAAAUCUUGAAGUUCUUACUCUAUAUGAUACUCCAAUAAGUUUAAAAAAGAAUUAUCGACAUCAUGUCGUCAAUAGUGUUUGGACACUAAAAGCUCUAGAUUCUCAUGUUGUUGCGGAUGAUGAAAUAAUAGAAAAAACACGUUUUCCUGAACCUUAUACAUCACAAUCAAAUUCAUUUAAAUUAAAUCUAUAUAUUCCAACUGGUAAGAAUUCAACAGUAGAUAUUGAAUAUGAAAUGACUGAUCAACUUUAUAAACAAAUAAAUAAAAUUCAGUCACAUUAUUGUCCAGUAUUAAUUUUACAAAAAAAUUUUCGUAUGUGGCUUGUACAAAUUCAAUUAAAAAAAUAUAUAUUAUCAAAACAAGAAACUGUUCCAGGAUUUCUUAGUCGAAGAAAUAUGACUUCAUCAUUAACUAAUUCAUCAGGAAAAUUUGCAUUACUUCCUAAACAACCUCGAGCAUCAGUUAUACAAGAAGAAUAUUAUCGAAUUGAGUCAGGAAAACUUUCUGAACCAUCUACAACUAAACGUCAUAUUAAAAUUCAAAUGGAUCAAUUAAUAAAUACUCAACCUGAUAGAAUUAAUAGUUCAAAACAAUUAUUACGUAAAACAGAUACAAUAAAAUCUUCUGAGGAUGAUGCUAUUGCAACAUCAUCAAUGCUUUGUGGUAAAAAAUCUCACCUUAUUGUUCAUGAACCUAUCGAAGAAUUAAAUGAUGAAAUUCGUGCAGCAAAACAAUAUGUACAAAGUAUAAAAGAUGAAUCACAUUUAAAACAACGUAAACGUUUAGAAGAAAUUAAAGAAAAUAAUACUGCAAAUCGACAACCAAUUAAAUAUCAAACAGCCGAUGAUCGACUUUUAAGAACUAUACAUGGAAGUAUGGCACUUGGAUGUUUAGUAGCUAUUGAUAAAGCUUAUAAUGAUAGAGCAAAAGUUGAACGACGAAAAUAUCUUGCACAUGAUGUUGAACAAAUAAAACAAGAUCAUAGUUUAAUUAAUGCACAAUUACAACAUGUUAAUGAUGAACGUUUAUCAAUAAUUCAUCGUAUAAAAGAUCAUGAUCGUAUGAAACAAGUAUAUCAUCGUCAUCGUCUUGAACAUGCACAAAGUGAAUUACAUGAUACAGUUCAAGAACAACGUAUUCUUCUUACUGAACGACAAGAAAAACGUCGAGCACAAGUUGCUUUUUCUCAAGGAUUUAAUGCACAACAUAUGUCUAUAUCAAAUGCCUUACAAUAUCAUGAAAAUAAUAUUCGUAAUCAACAAAAAUCACGAAUAGCACGAGAAUCAGUUCAAAAUAAAAAACAAAAUGCUGAAGAACAAGCAAGAUUAAUUGAUAAAUAUUUAACACAACGUAAACAUGUUCGUCGUGCUCUAUCAAAUAUUGAACGUAAACAUUUGGAUGUACAAGCUAUGCGUGAUGCUAGUGAUCGUCUUUUACAAGCACAACAACGUGUUGCACAUAUACGUGCAAGAGAUUCUAAUAUUCGACAGUUUAGUAUAAUGAAAAUGACACCACAUACCGAUGAAACAAGAGAAAAAACACAAAGUCUAGCUGAAUCAAUGGUUGAACGUGAAUCAUUAUUUGAUACAAUAGCUGAUCAUAUGGCUGCUCAACAAACAGUUCAAUAG